UCCGAGAGAAAAUCAGUCGGAGUAUGCACAACCAACCUUCAAGCAGGUGUCAUCACCUCCCCAAACUACCCGCAGCCAUAUCCCAGAGAUUUGCUUUGGGCCUUUAACAUUGACGUACCACAAGGCUGUUCUCUUCGCUUGAAUUUCCGCGAAUUUCGGAAAUUCUCAGAAUUCAAUUGGCGUUUGAUGUGUUUCCAGCUAGGGGACGACUAUGUGAAUAUUACAAAUGACACCGGAUCGUUCGGCAGCUGGACUGGAAGUGAAAACCCCCCGCAGAUUCAAUCAUCCGCAACGCUUUUGGUUGCACUGCAGACCAGCGACGACGGGACUCUUAAUCCCGGGUACUUGGCGAACUAUUCGCAAAAAGACAGGUCAGAAAAUGAAGUGACCAGGAAUGAAUCAUUCUAUGCCUGUUGUUCAACGUUGAGUUCAGGAAAUGUAACAUCACCUGGUUACCCAAAUGCGUAUCCAAACAGGCUGCGCUAUACAUGGAUUAUUGUGCAGCCACUAGGUUGCGUCAUUCAGCUGAACUUUUCUGACUUC